AAGACCCAACUAUUCGUGAUUGAACAGUCGUCUGAAGUGAACGCGUCUCGUCGUCAGUGCUGAUCUCGUGUGUGCCCUCUCCGGAGUUAAAAUAGUUAUUGUGAUAGUGAUCUAGUCGUCACGCGGUACAGUUGAAGCGAUUGUGAAACGGUUAAUAAAUUUGAUCGUAACUCUAAUAAUUCUGGAAUUGUUUGAGAUAGUUGGGUUCAGUUUGUCGUUUGGGAUCCCGACGUGGAUUAGAAAGGUGGGCGACUUCAGAAGAGAACAGUGUUCCAAUUAAAUUAGUGUCGCACGUACAAAAGUGAACAGUCCCGCACAGCAAUCACGUAAUAGAACGGACCAGCGAAGGAACCGUCAGCAGAGCCGAGUCAGCAGCCUAUCCGGAUUAACAUUCAAAAUGCAUUUGUCAAAAACUGCGUAUCUAACAGUGCUGUUAUGCCUGGCGGCAGUAGUCACCUCAGUUCUGUCACAGGACGAUCAGCCAAAGACCGGUAGUCGGAACAAUCUGCUUCUGCGGCGGAACAAUGGUGGACGACCGAACCCGCUCGCUAAGACGACCACGACGACACCGGCGCCUGAAUACCCAGAGGAAGAGUACGUGGACGAGGAAGGAGAACAACUCGAGGGCGAAGAAGGCGAAGAAGGGGCUGCCAAGCCGGUACCCACCACCACGACCACCACCGAGGCGCCAAAGAAGAUCCGGCCUAGCAUCCGUCCAUUCCGCAGCAACGAUGACCUUCUGUCGGCACUCAAGAAACGUCGGCUCGAAUCGAAGAACUCCAAACCAGCACCAGUGAAGGAAUCUAAGGGCUACGACGACGAAGACAUCCCUGCUCCAGCUCCUGCCAAGUCCGCCAAGGCCCCAGCAAUCGGUAAAAUUGCAGAUAAUGUUGUUUUUGCUUUAACGAAACUUCCGAAGGGGCGCCGCUUCGGCCCAAUCCGAAAGGAACCCGAACAGAGCGCAGCGCAGUCCGAGCAGAACGAACAGAACAACGCCGACAACAGUGGAGCCAAGUCGCUGUCCAGCCGCCUGGGUCGAUCCCGAUUCGCGCUGAACAAGGCACAGCAGUAGUAGUGCGAGCGAACGUGCGCGCAAGCACGCGCCCAAGCGAGCGAACAGUGUAUGAGUGAAUGCGAGAAGUUAUAUUUUAGAAGUUAGUAAGACGAAACAACUAUGAUUUAGAGUUAAUUUUUCGAAAUCUUCAUUUUUGAAAAUUGAUGCAAGUGCAUUUGAAGCGAGGACGAACAAAAUAUUUUACCAGACGAUGAUGGUGUAUACUCAAAGUGAAUAGGACAAUGGGUGCGUUCAUGUACUGUGAAUGUAUUUGUGGAGAAGUAGGAUUACUCAUGGAACAUCAUGAACUAGUGAACAAUGAAUGAAGGAAAAGUAGAACCAUAUGGUAAUUUAUGUUUUAUAUUGCUGCGAAUUGUAAAAUAAUAGUUUGAAGUAAAAAAUACGAAAAAAUA